GUCUCGCCUCCGCGUCGCCGUUUUGUUUUGUCAACCGGUGGACUUCAUGCGCCAUGCAGUCGCGGGUUUGAAGGGAAAGAAAAAGCUAACAGCUGUGGAUAAGGCCGCGGCGGGAUUCAGGAAUUCAGUUCGGGAUAAAUAUUCACAUAUUAGCUGGCGAAUAAAACAAUAGUCGGUUUAUAAUUAUGGAGCAGAAGAAGGAGGAGGGCGAAGCGGAGAUCCAGGAGCACGGACCCGAGCACUGGUUCUCCAAAUGGGAGCGGCAGUGCCUGGCUGAGGCCGAGCAGGACGAGCCGAGCGAGGAGGAACCAGAGCAGAGCCGGCAGAAGCUGUGGCAUCUCUUCCAAAACUCAGCCACGGCGGUCGCGCAGCUUUAUAAAGAUCGAGUGUGUCAGCAACAGGGGCUUUCUCUCUGGGUCCCUUUCCAAAAUGCUGCUACUGCCGUCACCAACCUUUAUAGAGAGAGCGUGGAAGCGCACCAGCGCAGCUACGAGUUAGGUAUUCAGAUCGGCCACCAGCGGCGCAACAAAGACGUGCUCGCCUGGGUGAAGAAGAGGAGGCGGACCAUCCGGCGCGAGGACCUCAUCAGCUUCCUGUGUGGCAAAGCCCCACCCCCACGGAGCUCCCGGGCUCCUCCCAGAAUCGCCAUGGGGCCGUCCUCAGAGACGAGCUCGUCUGCCGAGACAGACCUGCAGCCGUUCAGGGAGGCGAUCGCUCUGCACGGCCUGAGCGGUGCCAUGGCGAGUAUAAGCAUGCGCUCCGGAGCACCGGGGUCGCCCACACACCUGAGCGCCGGUUCCACCCCCGGGCGCCGUAGGAACGGUCUCCACGACGUCGACCUGAACACCUUCAUUGCCGAGGAGAUGGCGCUCCACCUGGACAACGGCGCCCGCAAGCGGAGCUCCGCCCAGUGCGGUGACGUCAUCACAGACUCGCCCACCCACAAACGCAAUAGGAUGAUCUGAGCCGCCUCGAUUCGACACGAAGGAAAAGAAAAGAUUACGAGAAAUGAAACGAACUAAAAAGCCACUUGUCAAGUCAUCCUCCCAUCUUUACUCCGAACGGGAAAACCUCGCGGCGGUCCGGCGCUUUCCUCCAGUCGAUCGAAAGAACCGAGCGGGGGCGGAGCUCAGCGCAAAGUGCCCUUCCAUGCGAUUACGUCUACACGCGCGCACACACACACCUUUUAAGUCACUUUUUUUGUUUGCGUCGAAUGUCUGAGCGUGUACAAUGAGACUCUUAGAGUGCGGGAGAAAUUGUGUGUGUGUGUGUGAAGUGGUGUGAGUGAUGUUAUGAAUGUAAGAGUGUGUUUUUGGUCUGGAGAGAGUGUGGUGUUGUGAAUAUGUAUGGGGUGUGUGUGUGUGUGUGUGUGUGUGUGUGUGUGUGUGUGAUGCCUGCCUCCUCCAAACAGCGCCUGUCACUGCCCCAGCUCAGCUACCACACUGCGGCUUAAAGACAAACAAGUGUUUUGUUUUUUUUUUAUUAUUAUUAUUAUUAUUAUUAUUGUUAUUUUAAUUUUAAAUAUUAUUUACGAUGUUAUUUGUAUUUUAUUUUAUUUCUCGCCUUCCGAUUUAUUUUAUUUUGCUGCUCAAGAAGCAGGCACAAGUGCUCCAAAAGCAGUACUUAACUCUGUUGAGCGUGACCCCCAAUCACUUUUAUUUUUUAAUUAUUUUAAAGAAAAAUUUCUUUGACUGUGAAGUUGUCAUCCUUCUCAUGAGUUCAUUCUGUAAUCCUCCUCUUCCUCCUCAGCACAUCUCCAGUGUAACAUUGUGUAAAUAACAGUAGGUGCUGACAUAGACUUGUGGUACAUAUUGUAAAAAAGAGCUGUGCAGAGACCAUUGAAUUGUUAAUGUACAAUAAUGAUUCUUGCAUUAAAGAAAUGAAGCUUUUAACUAAA